AUGAAGGAGAAUAGACCUCCCAAAGCAUCAAGGUUCUCGAUACCACAUAUUCUCCAGCUAGACCGACUCUUAACCCUUAGCUGCAACGCCAGAGGAGUAAAGUCACUACUCACCAGUGUAUUUUUCGAGCCUGACGUGCCAUGUAACAUGUGCGGCUUAUGGCUACGCGGCUCGUUCUCUUAUCUAAGCUCCAUCAAGGAUCCCCAUAUCCUCCUACGUAUUCUCACAAACCGCGACUCAGAUCUUGGUUUCCUUUGGUUCGGUGCUUUCAUCACAGGAGCUUACCACAAGUCACUGCGCGAAGGUAGAGCUGGAUGGUGGAUUAUUGAUCUUGCAGCAGCUGCCUGGACGGGCACAACGAUGUCCUUUAUUCAAACACCAGUCCCUCGACUAGAACCAUGGACAAAAUCAAUCUCUCGCGCUGACGAAUGCCGGCUGCUGUUUCUUUGCCAUGAUGUGAACUACACUAUUCCGCCGCUUUUCCCCUUCCCGCCGUUCGGGUCAUCGUCGAUGAGCGACGCUAAUCUGGAAGUUCGCGAACAUUCAAUUUGUGGAAAAGACCAUGGCCUCAAGUAUGCAUACUUUACCUGGGUUCGCACCGAAGGGGCCAAAAUCAGACAGGAACCCGAAACUCCAGUCAUUACAAUCAGACCGAAAUGCGAGCCAACCUCAACCCACUCUCAAGAGCUUGAGAUCGACUACGAUGACUGUGAUUCGGAGGAUGAAACCUCCGAAAUGGUGACGAGGAACAUGUUUACUUGGCUUCGUGGGGAAGAUGGAUUUCCUGUUGCAGAACGAGCAAUCCGUGAGCAUGAAUGGAUCGACAAUCUAGAUUCUGAUGAUGAUUCUCCCAUAGAGGGAGAUGUACACUCUACUUUCGGGGGAAAUCUCCAUGGAUGGCUUUUGAAAACCUCAACUCAACGAUCCAAUUCCAUCUGA